AUGCCUACAUGGGCAGCCUGCCGCCACGGUGUCGAGUGCAAUCGGCAGGUGGGGGACGCCCCAACCGCGUUAGCGGGCUCGGACGUGAGACGAGCCCCCCGAGACGUGAGUGCGACUCGCGGGCCGGGUGGGCCACCUGCGCUCGGUAAACGUGGUGAAAUGGAUGGGGGUGGGCGGGAAGAAAAGACGAUGAACGCAUUGCCAGAUUCGUCCGUCCGCCGGACGUGGUCGAUGUUCGCAGUCGCUCUUCUGCCUGCACUUCAUCCAGUGACCAAGAAACCCGCGUUUGCUUGUCCAGUUCCGCAUCACACUGGCCCUGUAUUAGUCAUAAAAAAGGACAACUCCCUUAUUAAGAAAGGCGAUUCUAUUGUCCAUUCGUCCAAUACUAUACAAUACACAUUCAAAGCGGCUCAGAUUAAAAUUUUCCGUAUCGCCGUUUGA